GGCUACGAGUACGUGCAUGUGCGACGGGACUACAUACAAUAUUUUGUAUUGCAGUACCCAGUACUCGUAGAACUAUGAUGUUGAGUUGUUAAAUUAAAGUAACGAACAUUACUCGUAACAUUACUGUACUGUACGUGUAGAAUUAUCCGUACUAGUACUACUAUUACUUCUACUACAGAAAAUAAUGAAAUUUACGACUAAUGAAGCGUAGGUCAUACUGUCCUUUCCAAUUUCCGAACAGUCACAACUUCGAAAGAGCCAGACGACGAGCCGUACUCGUAAAGUACUUGUACCGUCUCCACCAAUUCAUCCCCGUCUCCGUCCGAGAAAAAGCGUCCCAGCGGUCCACGCCCGGUGCACCGACGAGUGAUCCACCGACGGCAGGAGAAGACAAGACAAGACAAGACAAGACAAGACAAGACAAGAGAACACAAAACGAGACACGACACGCCUGUCACUCCGACGGAAGGCUUUCGUUGUUUGCCAUGCAGGUCCUCGAGAUGGAGGAGGUCGAGAGCCUCGUCGGCAAGGCCAGCCGCAAGAAGCUGAACACGUCCCGGAAAACCAACCAGGAGAGCGGCCUGAGGAAGGUGGCCGCCUGCUUCCACCGCGGCGACUGGCUGCCCAAGCUGGUGGUCCUGGCGUGCUCGGUGCUGCUGGGGGUGAUGUACCUGGCCUCCCAGAGCGACGGGGACGUGGCCACCGGGGGGGAGCAGGAGCUCAAGGCGGUCCCCUCCCCGGUGCCGGCACCGGUGGCGACGCCUCUUCCCACGGUGKCSACKCCKCYUCCCACGGUGKCSACWCCGCCUCCYACGGUGGCCACWCCGCCUCCCACCGCCGCGCCUCCUCCUCCUCCCGCAGACCCCGCCCCGGAGCAGGUGCCCCUGACCGUCGAGGACGACGCGAACCAGGACGCGAACGAGAACGGCAAUGGCAACGACAACGACAACGACAAGUACAUGUACUCGAAAUACGCGACAAUCUCCCCCCUGAUCGACCACCCGUUCCCGAGCGACGCAGAGCGGGCCCCCCUCGUCGAAAAAUUCGGCCGCUGGCAUUUCUACGACGGGGACGAAGAGGAGCGACCGCUGGAAGACUACACCGCCGGGUACCCGAACCGGGAUAUGCCGGGGGAAAAGUUCGCGGACGAUGCCUGGCAGGCCGAUGCGGUCUACGUCAACCACAUUCUCAACGAUGCGGACCAGCUGAUUUCCAGGGCCAUGGAGGCCAUCUUUAUCGAAUACGGCCACGGGAAACCGCUGCCGCCGGAGGGUACGUCGCCCGGAGACCACUGUUGAUUUCGGUACCUCGUGCGGUUUGCCUUUUGUUUGGUUGCCGCGGRUCCGAGCAGCGCACGGCGUGGAAAUUGCGAUGAUCGUACCGUUUUUUGUUUUUUUAAUUGUUUUUGGGUGUUUCGCACUGACCCGAGCACGGAUUGUUUUUCGCGUUGSGUUCUUCAGGUCUGGCGGAACGGAUGAGGAUGUUUCACUGGAGCCGGGAGGACCUCUCCGUUCCCAACGCACAGGCACCCGAAAAGUACCGCAAGCGGGGCGACCGCGGAAACGGCGGAUGGACCACGAAGCGCAGCUUCGACGGGCUCGUGCGGCGGCUCUUGCACGCCAUGAUGACCCAGGAUACCUUUACCGUUGUCAGUAAGUACAAACCACACCGUGUCAYGCGGUGCCGUGCCUCGGCGACCUGGAUCUGCCCCGAAAUCGGAUGCUCGUGUUUCGUUUCCUAACUCRUGCUUCUGUUCCUUUCGCCGGUCUCGCAUCCAUGUGAUCGAACAUCCACGUUCACAUCCACGUCCACAUCCACACCGCAGUGGGUGGUCAUAGCGCAGCGAUGGGCGCAGGGUAAGAAUCACAAAAGAAACACUCCUAGURCGUGCCAUUCUCUGUAUUGCGUUUCACGCCUUGUACUAACGAUAGUUCUCUCUGGCCCUGGCGUUUUUUCAAAAGAAACAACUUUCGGCAAUCRUACAUGAUGCAGUUUCACAAGGUCAUGUAUCCAAUCUUCGCCCGACUCGGCGUAAAGCUAAUUACCAGAAAUGUUGGUCAGGGCGGACUCGGCACACUCCAGGCGGGAAUGGGAUCGGGGUCGAUAUACGGGGACGAGGUAGACAUACUUAUGUGGGACUCRGGUAAGUUUCUUGUUCGCAACCUGUUGAAGUUGGAACACACGUUUCUCGGACGAUUCCAGCCGUUCGAGUCUUCUCUCGGUAUCAAUCGUACGGUACGUUGCGGCUUCUCUCACCAGAUUUCACUUUCUUURCAACAAAAAGGCAUGACGGAGCCCGACCCAAAGCACGUCGAUCUCUUCUUUCGCCAAGGAAUCUUGGCAGGCAACCGCGUGCCACUUCUAUGGGGAGGUCCCUUCGAGGUGCUCAAAAUGCUACACGAAGAAGCCGAUGCAGACGUUGGUGACUGGGGGUACGCCUUGGAUGGGAUCACAGAGAUCGAGAGUUUGGAACAGGCAAAAGAAAUUCCCUGGGCRGCCAGGUAUUUGAAGUGCAAACCAGAAGCAGAAGACAUUUGCAAAGAAGAACCAAGGUUUUGUGCGACUUGYUGGAUCGACAGACCCGAUGGCAUUGCCCCCGAAGCAAAACAACUAGACAAACCAAGAGGACAAGUCAAGUGGCACCCGGGAUGGAGAAUGCACCAGCUGGUCGGAAGAAACCUAGCAUUUGCUGUUCUAGAGGSCCUCCAAGCAGCGAUCAAUCUUUGGACCGAAGGGGUAAUGGGUGCGUUUUUGCCGUGGUUUAUUUUAUCGASUGUUUUUCGAACCUCAAUUUCUCACCGUUCGCUUUUUUGUUGGAACGCAAUGGGCAAACCAUAGGUGGUCCGCCACUCGACGAUGAUUUCUGGCACGUGACCGAUUACUACGAGAACAUCCGAAACAAAGUAAAAAGUCUCGACAAAUCGCUCGGUCAUUGUUACRAGAUCGAAGGCGAUCUCCCAACCCGUCUCUGUAACACUCCUAUGAAGGCGAAAACACAAUAUACGCCGAGGGCAAAUCCCAACGAAACCGCKUUGAYAAGCAUCAUCAAGCCUGCUCCCGACGGAUACGUUCCAAAGAACCGACUGACGAUGAUGUACGAUGGCCCGGACCCACACAACACUUGCUCCGAYAUCCCCGAGGGCGAAAUCGAUGUUUUCAACGUCGUGACGGGUCGCCGAGGAUUGAUCGAAGACUUCGAUUCCCAGCAACCGGGUUCCCUCGGCGUGCCGGGGGCGGAUCUUUCGGCACCAGCCGAUGCCGAUGCCACGACUCCCGUCCACCGRGAGCUCGAAGACGCCAUCGUUCCCGGAAAAGGCUGGGAAGUCUUUGGAGAACCACCCGGAUUUUGCGACGGCACGUACAACGCAGAGUGUGCCCGGUCGACCGGAAAYGAAUGCGUGAUGUACGGACACCACGAUUAUCGCGGAGCGGUGAUCGGCAACGAGUACGCAGGCUGGCUGGUGAUGACGCUGAAGGACCUCAAGGAGGGCGUCAUCGUCCUGAAACUCCACACAUGGCACACGGAAGCCGAGAACACGAUGACGAACGGAUGGACGUCCGUCGACAACGCGCGGCGGCGGCUCGGCCAGAACCGGUCGUUCUCGCCAAGGACCCACGAAGCGGAGGCCGAGCGGGGCGACAGGAUGCUGAUGAGAAGCUACGACACACCGGAACUGCCGGAUUCCUUUGUCUUCGACUACGCGAUCGACGGAGUCGUAACSAGUCUCUCGAGAGACCAGUUCUUGGAGCAAAAGAAACARCAACAGCGCGUCGUGGAAACGCUCACGAUUCUGGACGACCCCGCCUUUGCUUCCGAKGCAAAAGACGUCGAGAUUGCGAUACGCUUGCGAGGUUCGGGGAGCUCCAUCGUGUUCGGUGUGUCUCACGUGUAUUGGGCUUAGGCUUGCUUCUGUUCGUCAACCAAACCAUUGAAGAAUACAAAUAGUAUUUGUAG